AUGCAGAAGGGGAUCCGGCUCAACGACGGCCACGUCGCGUCCCUGGGGCUGCUGGCGCGGAAGGACGGCACGCGCAAGGGCUACCUGAGCAAGCGCAGCUCCGACAACACGAAAUGGCAAACCAAGUGGUUCGCGCUGCUGCAGAACCUGCUCUUCUACUUCGAGAGCGACUCGAGCUCGCGGCCCUCCGGCCUCUACCUGCUGGAGGGCUGCGUGUGCGACCGCGCGCCCUCGCCCAAGCCCGCGCCCUCCGCCAAGGAGCCGCUGGAGAAGCAGCAUUACUUCACCGUGAACUUCAGCCAUGAGAACCAGAAGGCCUUGGAGCUGAGGACAGAGGAUGCCAAGGACUGUGACGAGUGGGUGGCGGCCAUCGCGCACGCCAGCUACAGAACACUGGCCACGGAGCAUGAGGCCCUCAUGCAGAAGUACCUGCACCUGCUGCAGAUUGUGGAGACGGAGAAGACGGUGGCCAAGCAGCUGCGGCAGCAGAUUGAGGAUGGAGACAUCGAGAUCGAACGGCUGAAGGCAGAGAUUGCGUCACUGCUCAAGGACAAUGAGCGCAUCCAGUCCACCCAGACUGCUGCCCCCAGUGACGAAGACACUGACAUCAAGAAGAUCAAGAAGGUGCAGAGCUUCCUGCGCGGCUGGCUGUGCCGCCGCAAGUGGAAGACCAUCAUUCAGGACUACAUCCGGUCGCCCCAUGCCGACAGCAUGCGCAAGCGCAACCAGGUGGUGUUCAGCAUGCUGGAGGCCGAGGCCGAGUACGUGCAGCAGCUGCACAUCCUGGUCAACAACUUCCUGCGCCCGCUGCGCAUGGCCGCCAGCUCCAAGAAACCGCCCAUCACACACGACGACGUCAGCAGCAUCUUCCUCAACAGCGAGACAAUCAUGUUUUUGCAUCAGAUCUUUUACCAAGGCCUGAAGGCCCGAAUCUCCAGCUGGCCCACGCUGGUCCUGGCGGAUCUGUUCGACAUCCUGCUGCCCAUGCUGAACAUCUAUCAGGAGUUCGUGCGUAACCACCAGUACAGCUUGCAGAUCCUGGCGCACUGCAAGCAGAACCGCGACUUUGACAAGCUGCUGAAGCAGUACGAGGCCAAGCCCGACUGCGAGGAGAGGACACUGGAGACCUUCCUCACCUACCCCAUGUUCCAGAUCCCCAGGUACAUUCUCACUCUCCACGAACUUCUGGCCCACACGCCCCAUGAACACGUGGAACGAAACAGCCUUGACUACGCCAAGUCGAAAUUGGAGGAGCUGUCCAGGAUCAUGCACGAUGAGGUCAGUGAGACAGAGAACAUCCGGAAGAACCUGGCUAUCGAGCGCAUGAUCAUCGAGGGCUGUGAGAUCCUCCUGGACACCAGUCAGACCUUCGUGAGACAAGGGUCCCUCAUCCAGGUGCCCAUGUCGGAAAAGGGCAAGAUCACCAGGGGGCGCCUGGGGUCCCUGUCACUCAAGAAGGAGGGCGAGCGGCAGUGCUUCCUCUUCUCCAAACAUCUCAUCAUCUGCACCAGAGGCUCCGGAGGGAAGCUCCACCUGACCAAGAAUGGAGUCAUAUCCCUCAUUGACUGCACCUUGCUGGAAGACGCGGAGAGCACAGACGAGGAAGCCAAAGGAUCCGGCCAGGACAUUGAGCACUUGGAUUUUAAGAUCGGGGUGGAGCCAAAGGAAUCCCCGCCCUUCACUGUCAUCCUGGUGGCUUCUUCCAGACAAGAGAAGGCAGCAUGGACAAGUGACAUCAGCCAGUGUGUGGACAACAUCCGAUGUAAUGGGCUCAUGAUGAAUGCAUUUGAAGAAAACUCCAAGGUCACCGUCCCACAGAUGAUCAAGUCGGAUGCCUCGUUGUAUUGCGACGACGUGGACAUUCGCUUCAGCAAGACCAUGAACUCGUGCAAAGUCCUGCAGAUUCGCUACGCCAGUGUGGAGCGGCUGCUGGAGCGGCUGACCGACCUCCGCUUCCUCAGCAUCGACUUCCUCAACACCUUCCUGCACUCCUACCGCGUCUUCACCACGGCCGUGGUGGUGCUGGACAAGCUCAUCACCAUCUACAGGAAGCCCAUCAGCGCCAUCCCUGCCAGGUCUCUGGAGCUGCUGUUUGCCAGCGGCCAGAACAACAAGCUUCUGUACGGCGAGCCCCCCAAGUCCCCCCGUGCCACCCGCAAGUUCUCCUCACCCCCGCCCCUGGCCAUCAGCACAUCGUCGCCCAGCCGCCGCCGGCGAAAGCUGUCCCUCAACAUCCCCAUCAUCACGGGCGGCAAGGCGCUGGACCUGGCCGCCCUCAGCUGCAGCUCCAACGGCUACACCAGCAUGUACUCCGCCAUGUCGCCCUUCGGCAAGGCCACGCUGGACACCAGCAAGCUCUACGUGGCCAGCAGCUUCGCCAACAAGAUCCCAGACGAGGGUGACGCAGCCCCGGAGAAGCCGGAGGAGCCCUUGCCCUUCUGCAAGCAGAACUCCGAAGUCUCUGUAAGAGAAGAGUCAGACGGUGACCAGAACCAGAGCGAUGAAGGGGACGCCGAGACAUCGCCGACUAAGUCUCCCACAACACCCAAAUCCAUCAAAAGCAAAAACUCUUCAGAGUUCCUCCUCUUUUCCUACAACAAUGGGGUGGUGAUGACCUCGUGUCGGGAGCUGGACAGCAACCGCAGCGCCCUCUCCGCUGCCUCUGCUUUCGCCAUAGCCACCGCGGGAGCCAACGAGGGCACCCCGAACAAGGAGAAGUACCGCCGGGUGUCGCUGGCCAGCACAGGCUUUCCCCCUGACCAGCGCAAUGGGGAUAAGGAGUUCGUGAUCCGCCGGGCAGCCACAAACCGCGUGCUCAAUGUGCUGCGCCACUGGGUCUCCAAGCACUCACAGGACUUUGAAACCAAUGAGGAGCUCAAGUGUAAGGUGAUCGGCUUCCUGGAAGAGGUCAUGCAUGAUCCCGAACUCCUGACCCAGGAGCGGAAGGCAGCGGCCAACAUCAUCAGGACUCUGACACAGGAGGAGCCAGGGGACAACCAGAUCACAUUGGAGGAGAUCACACAGAUGCCCCCUCCCCUGAUCCAGCAGAUCAAGGCAGCCUCCCUGCAUCUGCCCCUCAUCCAACCCUGCCUGGCUAAGGUUUCCCUGAGGGUCAGGGAGUUUUUCGGCCAGGGAUGGAUGAAGCUGGAGAAGAACGAGCGGACGCCUUACAUCAUGAAAACCACCAAGCACUUCAAUGAUAUCAGUAACUUGAUCGCAUCCGAAAUCGUCCGCAGCGAAGACAUCACGGCCAGGGUGAACACCAUCGAGAAGUGGGUGGCUGUGGCUGACAUCUGUCGCUGCUUGCACAACUAUAACGCCGUGCUGGAGAUCACCUCCUCCAUGAACCGCAGUGCCGUUUUCCGGCUCAAGAAGACGUGGCUCAAAGUCUCCAAGCAGACAAAAGCUUUGAUUGAUAAGCUCCAAAAGCUUGUCUCCUCGGAGGGCAGAUUUAAGAAUCUCAGAGAAGCCCUGAAAAAUUGUGACCCACCCUGCGUCCCUUACCUGGGCAUGUACCUCACCGACCUGGCCUUCAUCGAGGAGGGGACACCCAACUAUACCGAGGACGGCCUGGUCAACUUCUCCAAGAUGAGGAUGAUAUCCCACAUCAUCCGGGAGAUUCGCCAGUUCCAGCAAACUGCAUACAAAAUAGAGCACCAGGCCAAGGUAACCCAGUAUUUGCUGGACCAGUCAGUGGUCUUGGAUGAAGAAAGUCUGUACGAAUCUUCUCUCCGCCUGGAACCCAAGCUCCCGACCUGAGGCUGCGCGAGGCCGCUCAAGAACACUUGCUCGCUGCUCUGCGCUGUACAUACUCGUCCUCCGGUGUCUCGGGCUCGCCUCCAAGUCUCUGCUUCUUCAAGACUUCAUUCUAUCCUGCU